UACAUAAUGAUGUUUUCAAAAUGUGCACAUGGGAAAGUUAUUUGUAGAUGAUACGUGGUAGUGACAAGUGCAGUUUCAUUGAGGAUAUACCCAUGUGGCAGCCCCCGUGUCCAUAUCGUCGUUGGGAGGAGUAAUACAUGUUGUCAAUCAGCACUUGUUGAAUUUUCGCCAAAAUUCUGUCACCUGCGGGCUGUGUUUUGGUGUUGAUCAAGGCUAGCCAUUGGCCUGGGCUUGGCCGUCUUGUGCCCUCUGACUGUCAGACCCAACCCAGCGGAUUUACGCGCGGCGAAACAAUGGCCGAGGACACACCGGAUAACGAUGCAUGGGAUGCAAAAUUUCUCGAGGACGAAGAGAUGGAUUUUUUUACGGAAUUGGCCCUUCACGAAACGGAGAGAUGGAUACAGGCUGUUACCAGGAAGACAUUUGUGUAUCCUGAUGACCCCCGGAAAUCUCUGGAGAAUGGAAUCCUCCUCUGCGAAUUACUUAACUGUUUGAGGCCUGGCUCAGUCAAAAGGAUCAACAAACAAGCCACACCCAUAGCAGGAUUGGACAACCUCAAUGUGUUCUUGACCUCUUUGAAGAACCAUUUUGGCCUCCAAGACACACAUUUAUUUGAUGUUGCUGAUCUUGAAGACUUAUCACAGAGAGCAAUAGCAGACUCUGACCAGCUGAAACAAGUAGCCGAUCGUCGACUGAGAAAUGUUGCUAUCACUGUAUACUGGCUAGGCAAAGUUGUAAACCAGUCAUUCCAAGGACCACAUCUAGACUUCACUGCCUUUGCACCUCUGGUGCAUCAUCACUCCAAGGACAUUAUAUUGGAUGAUCAUUUCAGACGGGACUCUUCUUGUUCAUGGGAGUCUAAUGAAUUGCAGUACUACGGGUCUCAUGAAGGAAAUUCUCGUGGGAAUAGACAAGAACAAGAAAACCGCCAUCAUAGAGACAGUUCUUAUGAAUCCUAUGAAAAAGGUUCUGAAGAUAGCCUAGAUGAACAAGUGUUUGACAACAUGCCAGUGCGCUAUGGAAGCCAGUCUGCGCUCAACAAGACGGGUGAAGGCAUGUAUUCAGAUGACCGACAAAACAGCAUGUACCGAAGUAGCCCUGAUCUGUCACAAGGGUCAUACCACAGAAGGUCCUCAUCCAAUGACAGUCUAGAUGGAUCCUACCAUGGCAGCCACUCACGGCAGUCAUCAGGGAGCACUGAGAACUAUCCCACCAGGCCCCACCGCCGGACAAGCUCUUCCACCGCUGAUCCACUGCAGUUUGUCAAGCAGAAACCGACAGACUUGGCCAAGAAAGCAGAGGAGCAAAUGAAGGUCGCUGCCACUCAGAAGGAGUACAAGAUUCCUGUGGUUGUUGACAAGGAAGAAGAUGACUGGCAGUCAAACCUAAGCAGCUGGAAGACCCGCAGGAAGAGCCAGUCCCAUCAGGCAUAUCAGAUGAAGGAGGACCUGGAGGAACUCACUAAGGACAAGGAAGGGGAGGUGAAGACAACUCUACAGACAAAGACCUUCAGCCAGAUUCAGCAAGAGAGAGAGCGGCGUAAGAGUUCGAAUGUAAGAAGUUUCUACCCUGUAGAAGAGAAUGAAGAUGAGAGUGAUGUGAGCACACGACAGGAUUCUGCCUUCACCACCAGUGACAGUGCUACAAUAGGAUUGCAGUAUAGUUCCACAGUGCCUGACUGGGCAAAGGACAAUGAAGAUGCCAGUGAAGACAAUAACAACAAUCAGUCCGUGGACAAUAAGAAUGGAAUGCUUGAGGAUCCUUUUGAUGUGCCUGAAACGUCUCCCAUAAGUAAACCAAGUCCCAGUAACAGGCAGUCCAUGGAGAGCCAGUUUUUACCAGAUAACAGAGAUUGGGAAGUUAGGGAAAGUGUUUCAAAACAGAAUUCACGCAAUAACCUGGAAUCUACACCCAGAUCCAACAAAAUCAAUGAUAUCAGACACAGGUUUGAACAAAGCGAACAACAGCCAAAAUCUCGAUCUUCCACAGUUGAUACAAAGUGGAUGAGAUCUGUUGGCAAUGUUGGGGGUGAUUCUCGAUUUGGGCAAAGUAAUUGGAGUCCCAAAACGGAUUUAUGGACAUACAUCGACCACCACUACAAAAAUGUGUAUGGAAGCUUACGGAAAUCGGGCCGGGACUAUACAGAGAAAAAUAUCAAAAUUAGUCAGAAACCAAAUAGUGAAAAAGGUUUUGGAUUUACAAUAUGUGGAGGAGUAGAUACCCAACAGCCAGUUACUGUGCAGAAGAUCACGCUAGGAAGUGCUGCGGAUGUUUGUGAGGUUAUGGCCAGAGAUGAGAUCCUGGCCAUCAACAAAUGUGAUAUUUCCAGCAGGACCAAUGAGGAGGUUUCCAAGCUGAUUCAAGAUGCGGUCAAGUCAGGCCAGCUGGAGCUCAGGGUCAAGCGCUUCCUGGGGAUUAAUGAUGAUGAAGAUGAAUGUUUAUCUAGUGAUGAUGAGUUUGAGUCAAUGGAGCGAUCAGCGAGUCGUGCAGUCCACAGAGAGGACCCCAGUCUUGAGGGACACACUUCCUAUGACAGCAGAGACUCCACCACAUCUCAGGAAGAUUUCCGUGCAGCAGUGAACAGUAACCCAGUGGCCAGUGCUCUGGAUGAGGAGAGACAGUGGAUCAUGGACCAGCUGGACUAUGGACAGCCUUCACAGCAGGAGGAGGUGCAGGAUCCAGCAGAUAGACACCAUGUGUACAAGGAGUCUGAGAGUUUUGAACCCAUCCAUCAGGAGUCCCCCAGCCCAAGUCAGCUGGCCGCUGAGCCAUACACCAGCCACCGAACAGACAAGGAGGUCCUGACGCGACCAACCAUCACCAUGAGACGAGAGAGGGGGGUGCAGGGGAGUGGAAACACAGCGACGGACACCAAGCCAGCAGCAGCAGCAGCAGCUGAUACUGGGUACGAGGUGGAGAGACGAAGCCAGGCAGGACCUGAUGGUUCUGGGACAGAUGAUGUUGGUCCACCAGCCAUCUUGAGGAAGUGGCAGAGACAGAGACCACAGUCAGAGUAUACCUUUGAGAGAGAGAAGUCACCUGACAAGCGUCUCAGCUCAACACUGCCAUGGAUGGACAGCAAGUUGGCGGCAGAUGAUACCAGACCCAAGGACGAUCUGGUUCUAGAGAGAACAGCCAGGGACUUUGCAUCCUCACAGCCAGAACCACCGGUCCCAUCACCACGGCGACGAUUUGAAGACCAGAGAAAGCAAGAAGAGUGGAGUCAGAUGCAGGAAGACCUGAGACAGCAACCUGACUCCAAACAGAGGGAGGUGGAAGUCCCAAAGGAGAUGUUUACUGCCUCUCAGACUCUCCUGCGGCAGGAAUAUGAGAGUGACAUCAGACGAGCCCAGGAGAUCGCUCAGCAACGAGAAGAACAGGAGCAGCAGAUGUUAGAGCCAGAGAUGCGGCGGAUGCGAGUGACAGAGGAGCGGCGACAGGAACGCAGGCUACGGCAACAGCACCUGCAGCAGUCAGCAGCAGAGACAGGUCCAGAGUACGAAGCCCGACAUGCCGGGGACACCAUGCAGCUCUAUGAGCAGAACAGCAACACUCCUGACUCAGUGCCUGCUGAAAAAACUAGGUCAACCAUGUCAUUCCAAAUACAAAGUCAAGGUCAAUCCCAGGGUCAAGGUCAUCCAGGUGUUUUAGUGAUUGACCCUAGGAACAGAGGUGAUGAAGAGUCCCAGCCCACCUACAGCUUCCAGGUGAACAUGAACCAGCCAGGGUUGUCGGGGGACAUGUAUGUCCACCCCACCCAGCAGGCAGCCCUAUACGAGCCACCAUUGGUCGAUGUGGAUGCAAUUCGAGAGGAAGAAAGGAGGAAAAUAAGAGAAGAAGAAAGGAUGAGAGAAGAAGAGGAAGACAGAAGAUUCAGAGAGAAAGAAGCAUUACUUAGAGAGCAGGAGGAACAGCUUCGUCAAAAGGAGGAGUAUCUAAGACAGGAGCAGGAGAGAUUUCACCACGAGCAGGAGCAGUUGCAGCUGAUGAGGGCUUCUGCAGAGCAGCAUGCUGCUGAUGUCAUCCGAUUCGAAGCACCAGUGUCACAGGUGAGGGAGGCCUCCCCUUCCUAUCAGUCUACAAUCACACAGAAACGCCCAGAGAAGAUGCGUAACCAGACAGCGCCUCAGUACUCCACCACUGUGGUGGUCGAGCCCAAACCUUGGCAGCAAGGCCAUGUCAAGAUGGCAACUGAUGUCAGUGGCAAGUCGACCUUCUCACGAGAAGAUAUGCUAGCCAUGAACAGGAAGCCAACGCCUUUACAGACUCGUCCAAAUACAACUCCUCCAAACAGUCCCACAGGCUCAGGGCCAAUCAAACGUCCCACUCCAUCCAGGGAGCAAUUGCGUUCUCUCAAUGCUGUGCCCAAACCAAAAUUCAGAUCAUCACAUGAUUGGAUUGGCAGUGAACAAAAUAUGCAACAUAAUACCCGAAGUUUUCCAUCAUCAAGACAUUCUGAUAUCAUGAGAAAGCAAUAUUCUACCCCACAAGAACAUUGGUUAUUUGAGGAAGCAGAGAGGAGGAGACUAGCCAACCAGGAUCCUAAAUCUCAAACCAGGCAACCCCCACAAACACAGUUUAGUGGUCCCAUCAAGCCCACAACAGAUAAUCGGUGGAGAGGUGAACCAUCUAUGGAAAGGAGACAGUCUCCAAUUUUAAACACCUCUUUUGAACCACAUCCUUCUGAAGGAAGCAUGCCAGCUGCUAUUCGCCAGACUCUGCUGCAGAAAACUGCAGGUGCCCGUGGUUCUACUGGAAGCAACUACUCACAGGAUCUGGGCGGGUCUUACAAUCAAUACCCUAACCAAGGCCCAUCAUUGUCACACACCAUGCCAACAUCAUAUGGCUACAACAGCCCACGUUACAGGGACCAACAAGGUCAAGAAAUGCAGAUACCACCAUCGAGCCGAGCUCCACCUCCCCCGCAGAAGUCCGAUUCCUCUACAGCUCUGAGUGGCAGACAACAGUGCUCUCACUGUAACCAGGAAUUAGGAUUCGGUGCAGCAAUGAUCAUCGAGUCCCUGGGUCUGUCGUACCAUGUGCAGUGUUUUAAAUGCUGCGUGUGUCACACGCCGCUGGGGAACGGCAGUGAAGGUGCUGAUGUUCGGGUCCGUGUCAACAAGCUGCAUUGCCCCAACUGCUACAGCAACGAUGAAGCUGGCCUGAAAUUCAGCAAAGUUUAACUGUUGCAGUUUGACUCAACUAUCUUGAUAACUCCCAGAGAGAAACUGUGUCUUCACUGGGAAGUUGUCUAUGUACCUGAACGACUGUUGCCCCGAUGGAGAGUCCCUGCAUCCAAGGGUCAUGAUCCUUCCCAAGGUUACAAUACUGCAGCUGUUAAUCAUCACCAUUUAGACACUGAGUUCUACACAAUCAAUUAUAGUCCUCAUAAUGUUCCACACACUCUGUAUGUAAUCAGAUAACAUCAGAAGACACCUAGGUAUCCCUGUAUUUGCCGUCAAUGGUGCAGCAUGCUUGGCUGGUCUGACUUUGUCCUAGCUUUCUCCGGCUACCAGAUCAUAUGGGUAUAGUAUAUGAUGUAAUCAUGGAUUGUUCCUUAUCUCUGGGUGUAAGGGUGGAGUUAGUCACUUGUAAUGUUUCUCUGUUGCAUAUAGAAGUCCACAAAUUUAACUGCAGUAAAUCUGGAUGGAUUAGAGAGAAAAAAACUGCAAUUCUUUGUUCAUAAAUCUCUAAAAGAAUAACAUGGCUGUUUCUUAAGUUCCUGUUAUAAACUUUGUAGAAUAACAUUGGAGCUUGAGUGGUCAUAACCAGUAUUGUAAAUACUGUACAUUGCAUUGGUGUACCUGAUGAAUCAGUUACCUGAAUGGAAACAUGGUAUGGUUAAUCUGAUGCACCAGAUGAUACAGGAGUGUACCUGAUGACUAGAUGAUACAGGAGUGUACCUAAUGACUAGAUGAUACAGGAGUGUACCUGAUGACUAGAUGAUACAGGAGUGUACCUGAUGACUAGAUGAUACAGGAGUGUACCUGAUGACUAGAUGAUACAAGAGUGUACCUGAUGCACCAGGUGGUACAGGAGUGUACCUGAUGACUAGAUGGUACAGGAGUGUACCUGAUGACUAGAUGAUACAGGAGUGUACCUAAUGACUAGAUGAUACAGGAGUGUACCUGAUGACUAGAUGAUACAGGAGUGUACCUGAUGACUAGAUGAUACAGGAGUGUACCUGAUGACUAGAUGAUACAGGAGUGUACCUGAUGCACCAGGUGGUACAGGAGUGUACCUGAUGACUAGAUGAUACUGGGGUGUACCUGAUGACUAGAUGAUACAGGAGCGUACCUGAUGCACCAGGUGGUACAGGAGUGUACCUGAUGACUAGAUGGUACAGGAGUGUACCUGAUGACUAGAUGAUACAGGAGAGUACCUGAUGCACCAGGUGGUACAGGAGUGUACCUGAUGACUAGAUGAUACAGGAGUGUACCUGAUGACUAGAUGAUACAGGAGUGUACCUGAUGACUAGAUGAUACAGGAGUGUACCUGAUGACUAGAUGAUACAGGAAUGUACCUGAUGACCAGAUGAUACAGGAGUGUACCUGAUGACUAGAUGAUACAGGAGUGUACCUGAUGACUAGAUGAUACAGGAGUGUACCUGAUGACUAGAAGAUACAGGAGUGUACCUGAUGACUAGAUCAUACAGGAAUGUACCUGAUGACCAGAUGAUACAGAGGUGUACUUAAUGCACCAAGUGGUACAGAAGUUAGAGUUGGCUGGUUGGCAUGCCCAUGUAUAAAAAAUAGGAUGUACAUAUUUUGCAAUAUUCUACAUGCUAUAAUGAUAGAGCAUGAUUUGUUUAUUUACAGUAUCCAUGUAUUUCAAUAACAGUCAGAAUGCAUAGAAGAUACGUCAUCACUAUGAUUUUGCAACAAUUGCUUUGAAAUAUUGUUUCUAGAUUUAUUUUAUUGCCCUCCACAUUACAGUUUUUGUUUUCUUUGUUUCACUAGUCUAUAAGUCUGGUGGCACAUUGGUCCAUGUAUCAGUAUGUAGGCUACACUGAGUGGAUUGUGUGUCUGAGUGGAGAAGUCUGGUGGCACAUUGGUCCAUGUAUCAGUAUGUAGGCUACACUGAGUGGAUUGUGUGUCUGAGUGGAGAAGUCUGGUGGCACAUUGGUCCAUGUAUCAGUAUGUAGGCUACACUGUGUGGAUUGUGUGUCUGAGUGGAGAAUGUCUGGUGGCACAUUGGUCCAUGUAUCAGUAUGUAGGCUACACUGUGUGGAUUGUGUGUCUGAGUGGAGAAUGUCUGGUGGCACAUUGGUCCAUGUAUCAGUAUGUAGGCUACACUGAGUGGAUUGUGUGUCUGAGUGGAGAAUGUCUGGUGGCACAUUGGUCCAUGUAUCAGUAUGUAGGCUACACUGUGUGGAUUGUCUGAGUGGAGAAUGUCUGGUGGCACAUUGGUCCAUGUAUCAGUAUGUAGGCUACACUGUGGAUUGUGUGUCUGAGUGGAGAAGUCUGGUGGCACAUUGGUCCAUGUAUCAGUCAGUAUGUAGGCUACACUGUGUGGAUUGUGUGUCUGAGUGGAGAAGUCUGGUGGCACAUUGGUCCAUGUAUCAGUCAGUAUGUAGGCUACACUGUGUGGAUUGUCUAAGUGGAGAAUGUCUGGUGGCACAUUUGUUUGUGUAACUGGAGUAUAUUGGUUGAAAUGGGAGCAUAACAGGAUAUUGCGAUACUUGUGCCUACAAUUGGCUUUGAGAAUACAGAAAUGGUGUCUGUGGAUGGAUCCUUUGUGUAUAUAUUGUAGAUUACUGCCUGUACCUCAGCACCUACAUACAUAUAUAUGUACCAUCCAUAAUACAAACAAUACAUACACACUGGGCUUUCAAUUGUGCAUUUAAGAAUUUGGCUUCUAGUUUAGAAUGAUACUCUGAAGAUGGAAGACACAGGAAUUCUUUGUCAAUCAUAAAUGAAUGCAUAUUAUAUUUUACUUCAUACAAGUCUGACAGUAGAUUGGAGUAUGCAAACCAUGUUGCCUUUUGCUGUACAUAUUAAUCAGAUUUAUUUUACUUUCAGUGAAUUGUCAUUUAUGCUGGGCAUGUAUUUUCAUACCUAAGAAUAUAUUUUUUGGUGUAAAAAUAUAAAGGAAUACAGUACUUAUUAUGCAUGUAGCUGUAUAUACAGUGUACUCGGUUAUUAACUGCUGUAUGUCAUAUGUACCCAAUAUGUUUUGGUCACAUGGUGGAACGACCGUUACCUUCUAAGAACAAGGUCAGCUUCUCGUCCUUCCCUGGUAGGGAAUGAGCUGAGUACAUCUGGCAAAGACAAAUUCUUCUUGGAGGUUAUGAAAGCAAAGGAACAUCUGGUUGAAAAUGCUUUGUUUCUGAUCGAGGAUUUGUGAGGCUGCAAUUGUUAUUGUCAAUAUGUUUUAAGUAAUAUCUGCCUAAGGAACUUGUCUUAAGCCAAACUGGCAUGACUUGGUAUAUGUCUUCUUGUGGAGGUCCAUCCAAUUGUCAUGGUCAGUUUUACCAAUUGGUUGUGACGGGCCACGUCCUCGCGAUCAGUUUUACUGAUUGGUUGUGAUCGUUGUUGUUUAUUUUGGGGACCAAAAUGACAGGAUUAAGUAUAUCAUUGUAUUGGUCUCAAGUCAGAGACAUUUGUUACAAAUCACUGAUCAUGUUUUGAUGUUGACAGUUAUCAUGUGUGGAGCUCCAUCAUGGAUGACUAAGCUUUUGUUGGAGAGUUACAGAAACAGGCCAAAGUAGAUAUGAUUAAGAACUAGUGACAGCUAAUAAAUGAAGUGUACCCACCAACCUAAUUCAUUGUGUGUGUUACCAAAGUCCUUGUACCCUCACCUGGUGGAAAGAAUAGAUACACUUGGAUCUUAGAUUGAGUAAAAAAGCAGGUUCCAUAUUUUGUGACAGCUGGGUUGGCUUGUAUAAGGGUAAUAAACAUGACUUGUUUGUGCUAUUUCUUUCAUAUGUUCAAACUGUAAUAAACCAAAUGAACAAACAGAUGAGAUGUGAAUCUCAAACUACAUUGUGUAGGAUUAGGGGUUUUCCACAUCUCCAUCAACAUGUUGCAGUGGAUUUCAAAAGCUGCUUGUCCUUCUUCCUGGAGAAUAACAUGUUCUUAAAUCUGAUGGACUGUUCAGUUUCUCAGUUGGUAAUCACUAUUAUAUUUUGUAGUUGCGUAGCUGCAGACAGUGUAACUCUUGUUAGGGUGGAACAAGUGUGAACUUGGACUAGUUACACAUUCCAGUCAAAGCAAAAACUGGUAUCUGUUUAUUGAUUUUUGUACUUUUGAAGGAUUCCAUGAAGUUAAUUUAUUACAUUUUUAAAUGGUUAAGUUUGGAUUAUUUAUAAGAACAUAGAUCUGCAGAAAGUGUGUCAUGGUGCAUGUAUUUUAAAGUUCACAUGUACACCCAUACUACUUACUGAAGAUGUAAAGAUGGGUGUGAUAAUUAGAUGAGGUUGUGGAGGAGUCAGGAUGCUGUCUCAAAGUGUUCAGUCUGCCUCCAGUAGAGGAAGGCGAGUGUCACCUACCAGGGAGUCCACAACGCUGCUACAGAGGAUAUUAUCUCUAUAUUGAAACAUACAGAAAAUGCAAUAAUUUGUUCAUGUACAUAGCUUUUAAGAGCAAUUGUCUUUUUAAAGUUUUUAAAGUUAAUUGGAUUAUGCAUUAUGAAUUUGUUACGAAUUUGUUGUUUAAACCAUUUGACAGUUUAGUGACAAGUUAGGUAGUUUUGAGGUGCACCUGUGUGAAGACGCACGUCUGGAUUGUCACAUGGUAGCUGGUGUUGAGGUGACCUAUAGGGUGACAUGAGUCUAGCAUGUGGGGUACACUUGGAGAGUCUAGAUUGUCACAUGGUAGCUGGUGUUGAGGUGACCUAUAGGGUGACAUGAGUCUAGCAUGUGGGGUACACUUGGAGAGUCUAGAUUGUCACAUGGUAGCUGGUGUUGAGGUGCACCUAUAUAUUCGCCAUGCUGGUUAUGUACAACACUAACGUUUAGAAUCAUGUAUCACACAGUACACAGUACAAGCUGAGGAUAUAUGCUGAUAUCACCAUAUGCAGCAAUAAAGAAAUAAUGAUGA